GACGUCACUCGGCAACCCACAAGACAUGGUGAUCAUUGGCACACAGAAGACAUACAACGACGGCAAAUGGCACAAACUGGACGCCGGCCGCUACCUCGCCAACUGCUCUCUCAAGGUGGACGACGAAAUCCUCCGCGCGGUAUCGUCAUCACCAAUCAUGGAGAUCACAGCCGUGGACACGAUGAACUUCGGCGGCAACAACAAGGGCAUAGUCCACGUGCGCGACGCCGGCUUCGACGGCUGCCUGCGANUUGAUUGCGUCGGGCUUAAAGCUUAUCUUUAUUUCUAA